UAGGCAUGACUACAGAGAAGAAUCCAUGGAGCACAAAGCAAAGCCAAGGCAGUGCCAGCACCUCACGUCACGUGAAGUCUGUCUGGUUUGCACUGAUGUCGCGGUGGGAAUGCGAGAGAAACACGGGCCAUUGAGAAGCACAUUCCGUGUAUUUAAUACAGUUGCCGCCACACUUUUAGGCCACACCAGUUUACUUCUAGGUCUAAUAUUUUUAACGAAUGCCGUCGCUGCAGAAUCACCCAAGUACCUAAAAGAUGACAUUUUCUUCGAGAUAGUGGAACCAGAAAGCCUGAAAUACACGUUUAGACUUAGACCCGCACACGAAUUUGGAACGUCAUUCGUAGCACCACUUUCUAAUGUUGGCCUUGUACUGGCAGAGCCUUUCGAUGGUUGUAGCAGUCCAGUUAAUAAACUUGAGCUGAGACAUAAUGUAGUAUUGAUAGAAAGAGGAGGAUGUUCGUUUCUGAGUAAGUGCAUCCAGGCUCAUCGUGAAGGUGUGCUUGCAGUCAUCAUCACGGAUAACAACCCCACAAAUGAUGACCAAUACAUUGACAUGAUGGAUGACAAUACCCACAGGAACUGCAGCAUCCCAGCAGCAUUCUUGCUAGGAAAAGAUGGAUACAUGAUCCGAAGAGGGCUUGAGACCCAUGGCCUUAAUCGAGCGAUUAUCAACAUUCCUAUUAAUGUUACCGUCGUACCAGCACACAAAGUGAAGCGACCGCCAUGGCUUGUAUGGUAAAGUAGAAAUGUGCCACUCAAAGUUGCAUUUUUGCCACCCUGGAGUUUGAUCUUGUUGUGAUAAAUUGCUUUCCAUCACAUGCCUCUCGUUAUUCAAGCAAGUGCGCAGGCAGCAUGUUAUUGUCAUGUGACAAGUAGACCAGCCAUAGAAUAAGAUUGAGGAGGAAAACUGUGCAUCUGCUACUGUUAGUAUAAUGUGGGUCUGUGUCCUAUUCAAUAAAGCUGAGCCGCUGUGCAGUGGAUGAA